ACUCAAUUCAAUAAAAGUCUUCUUAAGAAAAAACAAUAAGUGAAAAGAUGUUCUUCAUUAUAUUUCUUGGAUUCGUGCUAGUGUUACUAUACUUAUACAUCACCCAAAAUUUCGAUUAUUGGAAGAAAAGAGGAAUCCCUUAUCUUGAGCCAAGUUUUCCAUUUGGAAACAUCUUCCCUUUGGUUAGCUUCAAGAAAUCGUACGCAGAUUUAAUGGCGCAAAUCUACAAUUCCUCCAAAGAAUCCAUCGUCGGCUUUUGGAUCUUCAACAUUCCGUUUUUGAUGAUCAGAAGCCCUGAACUUAUCAAAAACAUAUUGGUCAAAGAUUUUGAUCACUUCAACGAGCGCCUUUCAUCCUCCAUUAAAAUCGACCCGUUCUUCAACAAUACUAUAUUUUCUUUGGAAUUUCACGACUGGAAGAAUCUACGGACGAGACUCUCACCAUCAUUCACAACGUUGAAGUUGAAACACUUCAUGCACAUCUUCAAUAAAGCUUCUAACGAAAUGAUCGAAUAUUUGUAUGAAGUUUCUGGAGAUGCAGUGGAUUGCAAGCAGAUUGCCAGUCGAUUAACGGCGAACGUUUUCGCUGGAUGCGGUUUCGGUUAUAACAUAAAUUGCUUCAAAGAUGUUGAUAAUGAUUUUUUCGUUUAUUCACAGAAACUUUUGGCACCGACUGUAACAAAUUUGGUUAGACUUGUUGGUUUUUUCGUUGUACCUGAAAUUGCGGCUUUCUUUAAAAUCACUUUGUUCAAAAAGAGCGAUAUUGAAUUUUACAGGCAUCACUUUUUUAAGGUUCUGAAGGCGCGGGAAGAAUCUGGUAUGAAGAAUAACGAUUUCAUUGAUUGUUACGUCCAAUUGAAGAAGGAAGGAGAUUUGGGCGAUGGUUUUAUUAUGGAUGAUGAUAGCCUAGCGGCUCAAGCCAUACAAUUCUUCAUAGCUGGCUACGAAACUACAAGCUCUUUGAUCUCAUUCACUCUCUACGAAUUAGCCUUGAACGAAGAUAUCCAACAAAACUUAAGGCACGAAAUCGUCGAUGGUUUAGCUGUUGAAGAAGAUGGUAAAUUUAGUUACGAGAAUAUCAUGGAACUAAGCUACUUGAAUAAAGUCAUAUCAGAAUCUAUGAGGAAAUAUCCGUCACUUCCUCUCAUAGACAGAAAGUGCGUAAAGGAUUACCAAAUCCCAGGAACCAAAAUUAUUAUUGAAAAAGGCACAAAAUGCCAAUUUUCUCCUAUCGGAUUACAUUAUGAUCCUGAAUUCUUUCCAAAUCCGGACAUUUUCGAUCCUGAAAGAUUCUCACCUGAAAACGUAAAAACUCGUCCUUCCUGCGUUUACAUGCCUUUUGGACAUGGACCUCACAAUUGCAUAGGACAAAGAUUUGGUUUGUUGACCGCAAAAAUUUGCAUCGCUCAAAUCCUAAAGAACUUCCAGAUUUUACCCACCGAAAGCACACCGAAACGUAUCGAAAUUGACAGCAAAUUGUUUCUGAUCAAACCUAAGGAUGUCUUCUUAAAAUUUGUAAAAUUGUAAUU